AUGACUGUCGCCGUGGACCCUAACUUUAAGUCGUCCUUGCCCCCACGCAAGAGAGCCAGAACCCAAGAGGAGAAGGAACAACGCCGGGUGGAGCGGAUCCUCAGAAAUAGAAGGGCCGCCCACGCCUCCAGGGAGAAGAAGCGGAAGCACGUCGAGUACUUGGAGUCUUACGUCUUACUGUUGGAAUCGAACCUCGCCACCUUGUCCGAUAACUACGCCUCUGUGGCAAACCUCGUUUCACAAGACAAGAUUGAUGGUCUCAACUUGCCCGCCCUUCAAGACUUGACGUCGUUGAAGAACCAAAUCCACGCCAACAUGUCGCUGGUCACUCCUGCCUCAAAACCUUCCAAAAUGGGCUCUGUUCUGUUCGGUGACGACGACCGCGAUUGCGACGACAUGGAUCACCAUGGUGAUUUCUCCGUCGAGGACACACCCGACAUCCAGGAUUCCAAGAGCUCCCUCCUCAAAGUCGAGGAGUCGCCUCUGAACCUCUUGACCGCCUCCCCAGCAGGAUAUUUCAACUACCUCCUGCCGUUGAAGAUGAGUGAAUCAGUGGAUCUUGCCGAGUCUUACUCGGGUUCAACCACCUCCGGAUCCAUGCCUAGCACACCGGACAUGUCCAUGCAACACAACGAAGUGUCAAUGAUGGAUUCAGCUACCUCAGCUUUCGAUACUAUGGCGCAAAAUCCAGCAGCGAUUUUGUCUCCACGGUUAGUCAUGGCUUGA